AUGAGGGUGAUUAUCUUCAGCUGCCUGUUGGCCUUUAUUCUGGGCUGCAACGUCGCCGCAGAAAUAAUCCAUGAAAUCGUGAAGGAAAAGACCUCAGUCACUCUGCGUUGUUCUCACUCUGUGGAGGGUGAUGUGACGUGGAGCAGAGAGAUUAAUGGACGUAAAGUUCUCAUUCUGACAGCUGGUGAUGACGGAGAUAUAAGACACAAUGACCCGGUCAAACGAUACAGUUCAUUGGCAGAUAACUCACUGUACAUUCGCAGAGUUAACAUCUCAGACGCUGGAAGAUUCUGGUGUAAUAAUGAACCAGUCGUGGAGCUGACGGUGAUCCCAUCAGGAGCAACCAGACUUGAUGCUACAGAGAGGACCAGCGUCACUAUGACAUGCCCUCAUGAUGUUAGAGGAUCACAUAUUGUAACAUGGAGCAGCAGAGGCUUUCGUGACUUACAAAAUCAAAAAGGGUUUUAUGUUUCACUUCUUGACCAGACGUUGACCGUAACAAGCGUGGAGCUUGGUGACUCUGGACUUUACUACUGUGAUGGAAAACCAGCUUUUUACCUGAAUGUGAUCAAAGAUAAAAAGACACCACCGACGACCUCAACUACAGCAACAUUGACAGCAGCAGCAACAACAACUGUGACAGAAACAGAUACGACUACAACUAGGAAACAAAGAAACACCAAGAAACCCAGAAAGAAAAAGAACAAUACGAUACCAACGACGGCCUCAACUACAACAACAUUGACAGCAGCAGCAACAACAACUGUGACAGAAACAGCGACUCCUUAUCUGUGGCCAAUGUGUGUUCGUACGGUGGUUGUUAUCCUCUAUUUAAUCAUCAUGAUCAGCAUCACUGUCACCACCUGGAUAAAAGCUCGACGAACGGAAGCGACGUACAACAGAAACAGGAAACGAUCUCGGAUCCUCCAUCAUGCAGAAACAAGAGUGGAGUCUGGAUGACAGCAUGGAGGACGUCAUCCUGCACAGCUCAGACAGUCUCUUUCUACACAGUCUGGUGUUUAUUUGCCUCAUAUCACUUCUGCUUUCAUUCAGCUGCUACGAUAUUUUCAUUAACUCAUGUAUUUUUCUCUGCGUGUCAUCUCCUCUCAUAAAGCUCUUAACUCACAUCCUUACCCAUUUCUAUUCUUGAG